GUCGUCUGCCUCUCGUUUGUUGGUGUGGUGGUGCGUUGUUGCAGCUGCUGCUAUUCCGUCAAUACUGAGCUGAAAAGUUGUGGAGUUCCUCAACGGCUUCGAGGAUCACAUUUUACCAUGAGUUGAAACAAAGUGACAUGUAGAGAGCGGCGUCUUCCAAUGAAGCUUCUGACGCACUUCCUGGCGUUAUCCGUGGGACUACUCGGUGCCGUCAGAGAGGCUCAGACGUCCGUGGAGCUAUCGUCUCUAGGAAAUCCAAAGUGCGACCCACCUGGUCGAUGGAGAACUGGACGGAGGCUCAAUUUCACCGAGUCGAGAGCUAAGGGCGCCAUCGUAAACGACAAUGGAGUCUCCUGGCUGACGAAACUGGAGGACUGCGCCAAUUGGUGCUGUAGGCUGCCACCCGUCAACUGCUCGGUUGCGAUGCUUGAGAUCAGGAGCAACGGAGCCAAUUGUCAUCUGCUUGUAUGUUAUCCCACGGAGCUUUGUGUUUUCAAUUAUGCGCCGGAUUUCCUUUCUUACGACAGAACUUUGUUCGUGCCACCGGUGACGGAUAUACCUCUCGUCCCGACGACAGGACGGCCCUCAUUCAGCUUCCGGGAGAACACGCAGCAGCACAAAUCUGUGAUAAAGCCUCGGAAAGGUGUCGAGGACCUGCUUCCUGAAACUCUGACCUCAUCAACUCGAUCACCCGCCUCAUUGAGUUCUGAGAAGCCAAUAAUCAGCUCUUCCGCGCUUGAUGACGCUGAGAGUCGACCUCAUAAACACCGAACCUCUGUAGGAUUGAUAUUUCUCUACGCAGCGAUCAUCCUAGCCAUUAUGGGUGUUGGGACUUUUUUUGGACUAAAGUUUCUCGACUGUUGGGAACGCAGACACUACACGAGAGCGGAUUAUCUGUUGGAUGGAAUGUACGAAAUUAAAGGCACGUCGUGCAGCAGCUGACCGGCUGGAUUCUGGAAUGGAAGGGAUAUCGUGAUAAACCGUGAAGUCGCGUCUGUGUCGAGCUCGAAUGGCCUCGACGAAUCAAUUGUAAA